AGUACUGAAUUCUAACUCAUGUUGAAUGUUGAUGAUUCCCAUGGGUGCAUUUCAGCAUUAGCAUUUUAGCAUGUGCUUCUGUGGAACUUACCAUGCUUUCAUUCACAUCAUAAAGCAGUCUCAAAGCACAGGGAUGAGAUUCUUUUUGGAUGAGAUUAAACCAGAAGAUAUGCUCCAAAAGCACACCUAACGCUCUCCAUCUACACGACCAGCCUACACUACUUAUGAAUGUAGACGUAGUUCAUGUGACUCACUUGGACCUAGCUGCAGAGCACAGCCUAGGUGGGCUUUGUGAAUCUUACUGGAAACCAGUCCAUCACAAAGUGAACUUCAAAAUGGAAACAGAGAUCAGGCAGGCUUCUCUGCACUUGAAGAUUCGUUACAUGGCUCAAAGAGGACUAAGAAGCAUUCCAAGUCUAUCACGCUUUCAUAGGUUGAGGUAUUUGUGGAUUAACAACAAUAAGAUCCAAGAUUUAACUUUCUUGAAGAAAAACUACUGCUUGACUGAACUAUAUCUCAACGACAAUGAGAUCACAGAUAUAUCAGGUGCUCUGAAACACUUGUGUGCACUACAGAUUCUGUUGCUUCACAACAACCAGUUAAAACAACUUGGCAAAACAGUGAAGGAAUUAAAAGGAAUAAUAAGCUUGCAGACCCUAAACUUAUUCCAUAACCCUCUGGCACAUGAUCCAGACUACCGGCUUUACGUGAUACACUUCCUUCCUUCGGUACAGCUCCUUGACAGGAAAUCAGUUACACAAAGAGAAAGGGAGUCAGCAUUUCAUCUGUAUAGCCAUGAGCGGUCUUGUGUUAUGGAGUCAAUAGCUUUUGGAAGGAGAGUAAACACACCACUAGGGACUGCCAUGGGAUGCAGCAGAGGCGCUCAACCAGCCAGAAGAUGGAUGAUGGCCCCAGAUUGUGAAUUUGGAAAUCACACAAAUAACGUUCCAUUUGAGAACCCUGAAGAUGCUGUUUUACUACGGGCAAUGACAAGAUCUGUAAUGGAAUUUUCCUCUCUUGACUGGAACAAAGUACCCACCUGUCGAGAAAGACGUCUUGAAAACAAAGCAGAAUAUUCCCCUGAGAAGCUGACAAUCCAAUUUAGAUGACUGCUUUCUUCCUUAAGAAAAAAAUUACUCCUCUGUCUAGAGUGGAUAUAAACUUCUUACGUAAGUUAAUAUCUCUGUAACACAAGUACACUAAACCCCACAUCCAAUCAAAUGAACUUCCAGCAACAAAAAGUAUUCGUGUAACAUUCCUUUUAUCAUCAAAUAUAUUAUGUGGAGAAUCAAGAAAUUAAGAAAUCAAAUGAUAAAUAGUAGCAAUGUUACAAGAAAAGAUGUUUGAAAUGCAAUUCUUACCAUGCUUCAGUUAUCACAAAUUAUUAAAGCCAAAAUGGAGGUUAAUUUUUUAAGAAAUUAAGGAUGAAUUAUUUUAUUCUUUACAGUUUCUACUGUAUAAUUAGACUUACUAUGUUCACUACUAGUAAUUUGGGUUCCUCUGUCAAAAUAAAGAUAUCAGAUAAACCUCAUUAAGCUUUUCUAAUUUCUUAGAGGAGUUAAAAUUCCAAUUU